CCUUUGUUUUGCUGACCUCAUGAUCAAAAGUUGCCUAUAGACGUUUUCAUGUGCAUGUUUGCAUCUUCCAUGUGAAUGCUGGUGUGAAACUCUAACUUCUCUUUUAUUGGGUGCUUCACCCUGCAGGACUCCUGUGUCGUCUAUAAAGCAAGUGCUUAUGCUCCAUUUUGGCUUUUCAUUUUCAGUGAUCUGUACCUAUGAGGAAUGAUGUUUGCCUCAGGCAUUUGGGUGCUAGCUGCACUGUUUGUCUGUGCAGCCAGCACAAAGGAGGCUGGGAACUCGUAUGAAAUGAAAGUGUGGAGGACAAAUGACAGGUCCUUACAGGAGCCGCUUGCUCUGGUGUACACGGAGAUAGAAAACUUGUACCAUCAACAAUCUUUAAUGAAAGAGAACAUGAAAAAGGCUAUGAUGCACUGUACCCAAACGCAAGCAUACAAAGAAAAUGGUGCGAAUGUAACAUCUCUGCAAGCAGGCAGCGGCCCUGUGCUUUAUCCCUUUGCCCAAGAUGAAGACAGUGAGGCAGAAGCCAGAUUUGACCCCUGCUAUCAUUACACUGUGCUGGACCAGGCCUGGAGGGCGACAAACUUUAGCACCAAGAAUGUCGCCUGCGACAAGCGUGUAAACUGGAGAGGCUGGUACCGCCUGUUCUACCGUGGCAGGAGCAUUCAAAUGCCUGAGCUCUGUAUCAAGAAGGAAAGGUGUGGAACACAUGCCCCGCUGUGGCUUGCAGGGGGGCACCCAAGCCUGUGUGAUGGCAUCGUCACCCGUAGGGUCUGCGGCCACUGGAACAACAACUGCUGUGCCUUCAAAUCUCCUCCCAUCAAAGUGAAAGCAUGCAAGGGCAACUACUAUGUCUACCAGUUUGUCCAGCCGAAGGCCUGCCAUUUGGCCUACUGUGCAGAUGUGAACACGCUUGUGUGUGGGUGGUGCAGGAAAAAUGAAAUUUGCUCCAGCAGGGACAAGAUCAAUUGGUUUUGUAAGAAAACAAAAAGCAGAGCGAAAGCAAAAGUCCACUUCUUCGCCUCCUAUCCCGGCCGCCUGUCAGGGAAAGUGAACCGCAUCCAAUACAAGAAGGUGUACGUCAAUGUGGGACGGGCCUUCAAUCGGCGCACGGGUGUGUUCACGGCACCAGUCGCAGGUGUCUAUCAGUUCUUCUUCUCCACACAGAGUGGAACUAAUGGUGCCAAGACUGACCUGUGGCUUGUAGUGAAUGGCUACUGGGUCGCUGUGUCUCACACUCGAAUCAGUAGCUCAAACUCAGUGGGAAAUCUCUCUACAUACAUGACAACUUUACGCAAGGGUGCCUUGGUGUACAUAACCCAUAACUGUGGAAACUCUUGGGCGAAUGCAGCUUCCAAUACCAUUACGUUUGGGGGUUCACUGCUUUUAGAAAGAAGGUGAAAGUACAAAAUUAGCCAUGUCUAUCUAUCUAUCUAUAUAUAUAUAUAUAUAUAUAUAUAUAUAUAUAUAUAUAU